CGUUACUUUAAACGUUUUAUAUAUUUAUGUGCAAAAUACAAUGUCGCUGUUUCCAGCCUAUGGCAAUGCUGAAACAAAGUCCGCAACAGAUGAGCCGAAACCAGAAGCUAAAGUAGCAGCAGCCAAGUCUGACGAUUGGAAGCAGAAUCAAAGCUACGAUGUGGCAACAGUUAGCCAGCAGCUAAGCGACUCACCCAGUGAAAGCGAAAGCGAUGCAGAAAGCACAAGAAGCGAUGAGAGUGAAAAGCCGUCGUGCAGUAAAUUUUCCGGAACGCCCGCGCCGCCGCAGCGCACUUUGGAGUUUGACAAUACAGUGGAGUACUAUGUGGACAAGUCGGAGAAUAGGGCGCACAAGGAGCUGGACCGCUUGCCACGUUUGAGUCGUCCAAACUAUAGAAUACACAUGCGGCGCUUGGAUGUGCCACAGCGUGGCAGGCAACGAAUGAAACGCGAGAAGCGCAAGCUGCUGUGCGUUAAGGAAAAAGCAGCUGUGGAGCAAAAACUAAGCGAUGAGCAAACGCUCAAAAUGGAGCAACGUUUGCUGCAGCUCAAGCAGCUUGUGGCCGAUAAGCCGGAGCAGCUGGCGCACUGGGUGGAGUUGCAUCAGCUGCUGGGACAGAAUCUACACAAAUGCAAUCGCUUGGCCGUGGCAGAGCAGCAGCUGUAUGGGCUGGAAACAGCGCUGCAGCAUCACAAAGGCAAUGAGCAGCUGCUCCAACUAUAUGUGGCAACAUCAAGCGCUGCCUAUGCCGAUAGCGAGGUGGCCAGCAAGCUGGAGCAGCUGCUCGAUCGCCAGCCAUAUGAAUAUACGCUAUGGACAGCGCUCAUAAUGACGACACAAGGCACCAUGGCGCGUUGCAAUGUGCCGGCCGUGCUGCACAUAUACGAGGAGAGCAUGCGACGCAUGCAUGUGGGGCCCAAGGAGCAACAUGUGCAUACGGAUGAGCUGAUGCUGAAGCUUUUCCACAACUGUGUGCUCUUCUUGCGGCAAUCGGCGAACACAGGACUGAUGUUUGCGCUGCUGCGGCUGUCGCUGGAGCUGCAUGCAACGCAUGUGAACUUUGACUGCUUCGAGGCAUGCGCUGCAGACGAAACGAUGCUGCUGGAAUACGAGGAGCUGGUGCUGCGCUCGGGCAUGCCCAUGCCAGAGAUAUGGACACGCGUCGAACGUCUGCGUCAGGCGUACACAUUUCUGCCCUAUCCAGCGCACUCGGCGCCCGGCUUGGAUGCCGAACGCUGUGUCUAUGCCCAGGAUGUUUGCCACUACAUCUAUCCGCUGAAACGGCCAAAGCAGAACUUGCUGCAGCUGCUGAUGCUGGUGUUGCAGCUAUGCAAGCUGCCGCUGCUGCGCAGCAAUUGCCUGUCGGAGCGCCUAAGCGCGCGCAUUGAGCAAAUUGGCGAUACGGAGGCGGUCGAAAUGCUGCUGGCCAAUCUAUUCGAGCGUCAUAGCUUUGCGCUGCCGCUGAAUAAGCAAUUCGUGGACGCACAGCUGCAGCUCUGCAAGGAGCUGUAUGUGUGCCCCAGCUUCAUGCCACAGGCCAUAGGUCACGAGCUUUACGAGCAGUGCUUGGAGCGGCUGCUGCUCAAAUGCAGCGACAUUUACACGUCCGUCGAGGACGAAGACAAGCGUCAGCUCUUUCUGCUGCUCCAUAUGCGCUUCGAGCGCUUUCGCCUGCUGCUGCUUAAGCUAAGCGGCAAGCUUACGCCCGCGUAUACAAAGCAGGCGCGUCAACGUCAGCGUCAGCUGCUGCGCCAGCCACAAAAUCGUCAGAUCACCGCGCUAUAUAUAGAGCUAGCUAUGUUCGAGUUUGAAGCCGGCGAGCAGCAGCAGCAGCGCAUCUUUGAGCAGCUGCUAACAGCGGAGCCGACAGCGACGACGUCAGUUGAGCAGCUGCAGGCGCGUUUGGUUUACGCCGAAAUGCUGCUCGCUGAGCAUAGGAACGCCGACGCAUUGGAAGUGCUCCGAAUAGAUUUGGAUAAGAGCGCGCAAGAGCUGGCGGCAGCCUUGAAACAAGCCACGUUGGAUGUGACGGCAACGAGCGCGCCCCUGCCCUUGACGCACUACUUCAAGCCGCAGCUGCUGCUGCUGCUGCUGCGUCGCCAUGUCCUGCUGCUGCACUUGAGUGAGCAAACUACGCAGGCAUUGACCUUGUUGCAUAAACUGCUGCUGGAGCCGCUGUUUGCAUUCGAGCCCACGCAGCUGUCAAUCACACAUUGUCGUCACAAUCGCGAGCAACUGCGUGAGCUGCAGCUGCUGCUGCUGGAGCUGCCCGGCAGUCACAGCUUGCCACAGCGCGUGCCACAGUUAAUGGAAUUGCUGGAGCGCGCUCUCGUCGAGUUUCCACGCAAUCUAACGCUGCUGCAGCGCUGGUCGACGCUCGGCACGUUGCCUUGGUUUAAGCUGCGUGCACGUCUGGUGCAGACCAAGGCCGGCGUUUUGUCCUUGCUGCAUUUAGUCCUUGCCGCACGCUGUCGCUUCCUGCAGCACGAGUCGGAGCCACACUUGCAGCAGCUGCUGCGCAAUCGCGUCCUCAGCAUGUUUGAGACUUUUCUGCCCAGCAACACGCAUCGCUCGGAGCAGGAGGCACAGCAGUAUGAUAUCCUGCGGCGCAAUUCCUUAUUCUGGCGCUGCUAUCUGCGCUGCCUCUCAAGCAUUGAGACCAGCUUCGAGCGCAGUCGCAGCUGCCUGCUGAUGGCCCUGGAUGAGUGUCCCUGGGAUAAGGCGCUCUACAUGGAUGGCGUCACCUAUGUUCCCCAGGAUAUUGGCAGUCUGCAGGAUGUCAUGACUGAAAAGCAAUUGCGCAUAUUUGCCCUCCCCGAGGAACUGAGUGUCCUUCGCGAAAGUUAAGCUUUCACUUUGUUGCUUAUGCUAUUUGUAAGUCUAUCAGAUUAUUCGUUAUUUUUUACUCUGAAACGGCUAUAAAAAAAAUAAAUAGAACAA